UAUUACCACAGUAUGACAGGUAAAUUAUUUAGAAUUCCAAAAUCAAUUGACGUUUCGAUUACGACUUAUCCACUUUUAAACCAAGAAUGUAGAAAACCUAAUAGAAAGAGAAAGUUCAAAGACUUUCAACCACUUAUUGAUCGUAAUGCAAUACAUCCUAUCACUAGUCUUAUGCAUAAUUUGCAAGAGAUUGUACAACCUGCCUGUGAUAAGUCUAUUCAAUCAACGAACGAUAUAAAUCUACUGUAUGAUAUUUAUGGAAACAAUCAUGCAGAGAAAAGACGUAUUAUUAACUUCUCUAAACGCUCCCCUCCUCAUCCUGAUUAUGUUUUAUCUGUUUUGUCACCAAAACAAAUAUACCCAGACAUGGAAUCUCAAAGCUUGAUAAAAGUUGGCCUACAGCCAGAUACAUCUGUCCUUAUAUGCAUGGCAGAUGGAUGUGAUGUUUCAUUUUAUAUGACAAACUGUUUUGUAAUUCCAGAUAUUAAUUUUCAAGUAACCCAUCAGGAAAAGAUAGCGUGGACAUAGAUUAAAUAAAGGAUUUUUCGUACACUUAGUUUUUUUCAUACAAAAAUCUCGAGUCAACCAUUUCAAAAUCCUGACGUUUUUGGUUUAACCAGUUUCACGUUCAUUUUAUCCAGUAAAUGAGCAAUGGGUUGACCUUUAGGUUCUAUUCUUACUUAGUUUUUUUCUCGCAGAACUAGUAAUCGAACCUCUCUCAAAGAAGUAAUUGAUAAACUUGACUCUUAUUGCCGUCUCAUUGAUGACAGUUUCAUUAUCGUUGAUCAGAACAUUAGAAAAAAUUUGUUAGGGCGAUUUAACAAAAUACACUCAGGAAUCAGAUUCAUGUGUGGGGGAAUUCGGUAAAAAAUUACACUUCUUUCACGUUGUGUUUAAUAGAAAAGAAAAUGUUCCUAGUUGUAUGCUAUCCUCCAUCGAGACUUGCUUUCAAGCCGUCAUCAACAUACGUAUGUACGAUAUCGAUAUCAUGGCAUUUUCUACCAUAUCGUCAGUAGCCAUCGGUAUUUUGUUAUAGGCUGCAACCAAGUCCAUUUUUGGAGUGACAGUUUCACCUUUUAUGGUAGUUGUCAAUUCGUGAAUGUGAGUCAACGAGUAACGAUCGCGAAUAUUUUUGGCAUUCAAGUGCCGAUAAGCACCGGUUUGACGCCAAUCGUUGCUGUCCUUUUUAGGGACCAUGUGCAGUGGAGAUACCGAUGGUCUCUUUGACAAUCAAAUGAUUCCUAACUCUUUUAUGUGGUUAAAUUCAUUUGUAGUCAACCCCAGCUUUUCGGGAGUCAGUCGAAAAUAUAGGUGGUCCUAUAGUGUUGGUGUUAUGUGUAACAUUACUGGUUACAUACGGCUACUUCGGUUGCAGUUGUUAUAUCCCAGAGUACUUAUCGAG